CAAACAUCAGCUUCUCACCUCCACCCCUCAACUGUCAAGGGUAGGCCCACUGGUCUCUGCAGUCUAGAUGUAAAUGUGCACUCAGACAGCGUGACAUCUGCCUGGAACCGGCAUUUAUGGUCUUUGUUGUCUUGCCUAUCGCCUGUCGGCGUAUGCCGUCAAUGGAUGACAAGGGUGACUGCUAGUCACUCUUUCCCUUUGAACGUGCUGGAGCUGCCAGCUUAUCGGAACAGUUCUGGAAGCCAGAGCCAAAGCUGCUUAUUCCACAUUAAAAAAAACCGAUCAAAGCCAAAUCGAUGGCCGACUCUUCCACGUGAACAGCCCGAGGUCUGCGAAAGGUGCCAAAGUCUAGCGAGCAAGCCAAGACUUUUCUUUAGCAGCAGCACCGUUUCGUGACCCGACCCCACCAACCAUGUGGCGACUGCGGGAGACGAAGGUAGGUCGCGCGGUCUGGCGCGCGUGGUGCCUGGCGGAAGUAUGCUUCAGCACCGUGUUGCACCUGACGUACGCGGCGUGCAUGGUGUACUGGGCUCUGCUCACCGACCUUAUUGCUGCUGUCUCCUCCACCGUCACCGACGCCUCCUUCUUCCCGCGGGUCUUCCUCAAGCUGCUCAAGGCCGGAUGGACCUGCUGCACCUCUCCGUGCCGCUUGUAUGCCAAGACGUGCAAGGCGUCCGCUUACCCGGGGUCUUCAUUGCCUAACAGCAGCAGCAGCGGCGGCGGAUGGUUCAGCGCCCACGCGCACGACCCGGUCAGAUCAGCCCAUGGAUCGUGCAAUGGCGCUCACGCUACUGGUCCUUCGGCUGCUGCUGCUGCCAGUGAUGCUGCUAAUGGCGGCACCGCCGAUCCGUCGUCGGCCGACGGCGUCGACUGGCUGGUGGAGUCGCAGGCGCGGAUGGGCCCCGAGGGCUCGCUGCAGACCGACAUCCCGCUGUCGCAAGGCGAGCAGCAGGAGCAGCGCCGGCGGCGACAGCUGCGGUGGCGGAAACGGUUGACCUCAACGUUCCGCAGCCGCUACACGACACCGGCUUCGGGUGUGGAGACGUCUCGGAGUGGUGCUGCGAGUGCAGGUGGCGGCCGGAGGGAGAGCGCGGGUAACGGGAAAGGCACGGACGGCGCGGGUGGAGUGGCGUCCCCGUGCUCGCCUGACGCUGUCACGCCCAUCGUGCUGGUUCAUGGAAUCUUUGGGUUCGGUCACGGGAAGUUCGGCGGCAUAUCGUACUUCGGCGGCGCGGAGUACCGGCACGACAAGGUGCUGGUGCCGGACCUGGGGUCCCUGACCAGCAUCCACGACCGCGCCCGGGACCUCUUCUACUACCUCAAAGGCGGCACCGUCGACUAUGGCGCCGAGCACAGCGCCGCUGCGAGGCACGACCGCUUCGGCAAGACGUACGCGCAAGGCAAGCACCCGCUGUGGGACGCGCAGCAUCCGAUACAUCUGGUUGCGCACUCGUCGGGCGUGCAGGCCGCCAGGAUGCUGCAGCACAUGCUGCACAACAAGGAGUUCCCCGGGUACGAGGACACGAGCGCGGACUGGGUGGCGUCCAUCACGUCGCUGUCGGGCGCACUCAACGGCACCACGCGCGUCUACAUCGACGGCCUCUCCGUGCGCGACGGUGUGACGAUGCGGUCCAUGUGUCUGCUGCAGGUACUGCGCAUCGGGUCCCUAAUCUUCGAAUGGCUGGACAUCGCGCCGCUCAAGGCCUUCUACUCCUUCGGCUUCGAUCACUUCCCGCUCUCCUGGCGCCGCGUGGGCGUGUGGGGGCUCGUGAAGGCGCUGGCGGGGAAGACGGGGCCGUUUGCGUCGGGCGACUGGAUGCUGCCGGACCUGAGUCUGCACCACAGCAUGGAGCUCAACAAGAGGCUGCAGACGCACCCCAACACCUACUACUUCAGCUACGCCACCGUGAAGACGCGCAACCUGUUCGGGUGGGUGGUGCCCGCAGCGCUCUCCAUCCACCCGAUCUUCACCCUCCGCUCCCUGCAGCUCUGCCUCUGGCGCCUGCCCAAGCACGCCCCCAGACCCUACCCCACCUACCGCGACAAGGACUGGUGGCACAAUGACGGCGCCCUCAACACCAUCUCCAUGCUCUACCCGCGCUUCCCCACGCCGCAGCCCCACUCGCCCCUCCCCCGCAUCCAGCCCUCCCAGAGCACCCCGCCAUACAAGCCUGGCAUCUGGUACUUCUCGCUGUUGGAGGCGGACCACAUCCUGUUCAUCAUCAGUCGGCAGCGUGCAGGCGUGCGCUUUGACGUGCUCUACGACUCCAUCUUCCACCGCUGCCGCACCGACCUCGCCGCCCUCUCCAUCAUCGCCUCUGCUGACGUCGCCACUGCCGCCACUGCCAAUGUGGCUGCCGCUGCUGCUGCAGAUGCGGAGUGGCUUGGUGCUGAGCAGAGCAAGGGUGCAAAUGAGGGAGAGGAGAUGCAGGAGGGAGUAGGCCUGUCCUUAAGUGAGGUGACAGCGAAGGGUAGCAGUGGCGGCGAGUUGCUGGGAGAGGGGGGGAAUGACAGCAGCAGCCGCAGCAGCGGGCCCACUUCUGGCUCAUAUCGCCUCGUGACCUCCUCUUCUACACCUUCGUUUAUGCCCUCCAAUGGUGCUUCGCCACAUGGCAAGGGCGAAAAAACUCGAGGUGCAGCUGCUGGGGGGCUGGGCCUGGGAAAGAAGGCAGGGCUGCAGUUGGAGGAGAGCAAAUGCGGAGAGAUCAGUGAGAAUGGGGUUCUGGAUGAGGAGGAAGGCGCGUCAGACAGUGUGAUUCAGUGGGCUCCUCAGUACAAGUGGGCCAUGGGAGAGAGCGAGGUGGAGGAAGUGGAGGGGACUGAGACGAGGUGCUACCGGGAGCAGGAGGAGGAGUAUGUGAGAGGUGAUGGGUGCCACGAGUGUGACAGGCAGCAGAAGGCUCUGGCUGCCGUGGUAGACUUGUUUGGAGCUCCGCUCACUAACGUGUGCGUUUGCAGCUUGAGGAAUGGGCGUGGUGGGAGUGGGAAGCGGGGGAGUCAGAGUGGCAGCAGGUUGCGCAGCAGCAUGAGUCUGGACUUCCUAGGGGAUGUGUGGGCGUGGAAUGGAGGCAAGAGCUUCAGCAGCAGCCGUACUGGUGGCGGGGUCAGUAGAAGCAGCAGUAAGUGUGGGGACAGAAUAGGGAAGAGCAGCUGGUGGGCAGGGGCAAUGGGAGGGGGUCACAACCGUGGAAUUUUGUCCUUGGAAGGGGAGGAUCAGGAGAAAGGGAGCAAUGCUGUUCAUUGUGGUGCGGGGGGCGUCACUGCUCUUGACUGGGGCUGCAUGCCGCCGCAGCACAUUGAAUAGUGCAGCUGCAAGCUUGAGAAGUAACUGCCUUGUGUGUUCUUUUUGUUUUGGCGAGAUGCUUUACACUGUAGGAACCAUGAAGGUGUUUGUUUUGUGGAGAUUGGAGCUAGGGUCAUAGUAAUGACCAGUUCAAAUGGCUUUCGCACUUAUCCUA